CCUCCUCGUGCCCAGUCGCAGAACUCGGCAGUGGCGCCCAAUCCCGUCCAUCCCAACGCCAAAACCACCACCCACGUCAACAACGGCACCACCACAACCAAGACCAACAUCACCAGCCCCAUAUGCCGCAAUUGCAAGACCCAGACCACCCCGUUGUGGAGACGUGACGAAACUGGCCAGGUGUUGUGCAACGCCUGUGGGCUUUUCCUCAAGCUCCACGGCCGCCCCAGACCCAUUUCCUUGAAGACAGACACCAUCAAGUCCAGAAAUAGGAUCAAGCAGCAGCCCCAGGGCUCGGGCUCGUCUGCAGGCACCGCCAGCUCAUCCAAGAACAACUCAGGACCAAACACCCCCGAAUUGAAGUCCAAGGACUCCAAGGGCUCAGGAAAGAAGUCCCCCAAGUCCAAGAAGCCCAAGCCUGCGUCCAAUACCUUCCACCACCACCAUCACCACCACCACUUGCCCCCACACCUCACCCCCAACAACCCUCCCCAGGUGCCUGGUAUUGCAGGGCACCACCACCCCCACCAUGUGGUCCAGCCCUUGCAUUACCCUUCGUCCACCCCCACCCAGUUUGCUCCAGGCUUGCAGAGAAUCACGUCGCCCUUGCUUCUUUCCACCACCUCGUCUGUCUCCAACACCAGAGACUCCGAGAAGUUGAACCCAGUGCACGCGGCCGCGGGAGCCUUGGAGAACAUGUCCAACGAAUUGGGCCCCAGUGCGACUUUCAAGAGCGGUGCAAGCAACGUGAGUGGAGUGUCGUUGAUGAACAAAUCGAAGGCCACGGAAAUCAAGCGCGAAACGUCUUCGCCCUCGAUCUUCUCGACCCCUUCAUCGGCUCUUAGUGCCUCGCAUUAUACCAGCAACGUCAACGCUGCCCCUAAGUUGCCAGCACUCGGGAUCUCGUCGCCCUCAUUUGGGCCUCAGUUCCACUUGGGCUCUCAGCAGGGCUCCCAGGCGUCCACGCCUGCCAUCUCCCAGGUCCACUCGCCGGAAAUCUCCCACGCCAGCACGGUUGCAUCAUCCACAAACUCCACCAACGGUACCACCUCGCUUCCACCCAUCAACCAAGUUGCAGGUGAAAGUAAGGGCUCGUUGCCCCAUUUCCAAAACAACUUCAACUACCAAAACUCCAACAACCAGUCCAACGGAUACAAUGGUUACAACAGCAACGACAACAAGGGCAACUCCAACGAAAACAGCGGCUCAGACAAGGGUGGCUCGGCGCCUGGCUCGGGGUCCGGGUCCGGGUCCGGUUCUGGAGCCCCAGGCUCCAACGGUACUUCCAAUAACAGCAGCAACAACGAAAUCACCCUCUUGAAGACUAGAAUAUCGGAGCUUGAGCUCGUCAAUGACUUGUACAGAACCAGAAUAAUGGAAUUGGAAGCAAUGGAACAGGCAGCUAGAUUGAGAGAAAACUCGAUGAAAAAGAGGUUGGACGAGGUGUUGAACUUGAACAACAACCCUCAAGCACAAGCGGCU